AUGUUUAUAUCCAUAGAACAAAUCGACAACCUUGAACUUUUGAACAAAACAAUUAACAAUAGAUUGAAAGGAGUAGACGGAAAAAACUUUCAAAUCCAGUGUGAAGCAAAAGGGGGUCGACCUCCCCCUUUUCUUACAAUCAAAGUACGAAAUCAAGAUGUCGCUCAAGGUAACCAAUCUGUUGUGCAUACAAUAAAGACGAUACCCAGAUAUUUUGACAACGCUACAGUAGAGUGUGUUGCAAAAAACAGCGAUUUGAAUAAAUCGCUAUUAACAGAAGCAUACAUUUACCUCAGUCUUAAACCUCUUGCACCUGUAUUUGAUCGUGAUUCAGUGAUUUUAAAGGAGACUGAAUCACUGAAAAUAUCGUGCACUAGUACUGGGAGUCGUCCUGCCGCUUUAUUUAAUUGGUUCAUGGAGGAUAAAAAUAUAACUUUUUACUCAACUCAGACAUUUGCAUAUGAGGUUACUACAGACACGUGGACAAUAACAUCAGUAUUGACGUACACAGUGGUCAGACAAAAUAAUGGUCAGUUGAUUACAUGCGUAGCAAGCAAUGAAGCAGAUCAUAUCGGUAUUUCAGAUAGCCAAUGGAUACAAGUUCAAUUUUCUCCAAAAAUAUAUGUCAGCAAUAUGACCUUCAACCAACUGGAGAAAUUAAGAGUAAUUUCUUGCAAUGCUUCUGGUAAUCCGUCCAAUUACACAUACUACCAGUGGAAGCAUACUUCAGUAAAUGGAAAACUGAUAAGAGAAAUGAAAGGUAAAAGAAAUGGCAAACUGGAGUUACCGCUCUCUGACACUGAUAAUAGUUAUCAGGACAACGGAAUAUAUGUGUGCAAAGCAGGAAACGGAAUACAAGAUAAAGAUGGAAUCAUUGAGCAGACUGGAUAUGGUUUUGUCACUAUAAAUGCACAACCUGUUUUUAUGCCGAACAUCAAAGAUGUUAACAAAUCGACUAUGCAUGGGGAAAUUGGAAGAGCGGUAGAGUUAACGGUCAAGGUGUAUAGUAUUCCCAUGUAUAAAUCAGUAACAUGGUUUCGGGGAAUAAACAAAGAACUCCAGAUUAUUCCUUCCCAAAAGUACAGUUUGUCCGAAACAUCCGCGAUUGUGAAAGGGUUAUUUUACGACAAGGAAAUUGAUCUCGAUGGAUUUAUUUUGACUCUCAAAGUCAAUAAUUUAACUACUGAUGAUUUCACUACUUACAUAAUUCAAUUAGACAACAACAUUAUCAGUCCAGCUGAAUAUGCAGUUACUCUUAAACUAUCAGGAAAUUCAGGUAAUCAUCAAGAUAGUAGCAUUCCUGCUGUUGUUGGUAGCAUUUUUGGGAGUCUUGCAUUGAUUAUUGUCGGAUCAGUUAUCAUUAUCGCAUUAAGGAAAACAGGAUGCAAUCUCAAAAAGAAACCUGAUUCUAAACCAAAAGCAGAGAGUGAUAUUCAUUUCUAUCAGAAUCAACAAUUUGCUACCAGAGAAAACAGAGAGCCGAAAUACGAAGGUUUGAAUCUAAAACCUGAUUGUCAGGAUCAACAUACAACAUAUGACUCUCUUAAUAGUCACCAAUCAGCGGUCAUGCAUAAUGGGAUCAACAAUGAAUCAAAGAUGGGAGGAGGAAAAUCAAAAUUCAACAUCGAUGAAUCACAUGGUCAGUAUGUUAAUCAAGGUGGAGACUACUUAAAUGUUAUGUGAUGCAUUAACC